AUCGAACGGCAUAUUCUUUGUUGUGAUGAAGACGAUUUAAGGUAACGGUCUGUGUCUUAGCUCUUCUAGUGUGGUUGCUCUUUUAGUCGCAGAAACAGCAGACAAAAGUAUGGAAUUCACAACAUUUUUCCCCACGUUCGACGAUUACACCUUUGACUUCAAUUACAACAUUUCUACCACCGAUAAUGAGCUCCCUGAGCUUUGUGAGGCCAACGAGCAACAGCUCACCAUCAAGAUGUUCCAGACCUCAAUUUUCCUACUGGUUCUCCUCUUGGGUGUGCUCGGCAACUGCUUGGUGAUCACCACCUUCGUUCUCUACCGACGCCUGCGUCUUCGCUCCAUGACAGACAUCUUCCUCUUCCAGCUGGCCUUGGCCGACCUCCUCCUCCUCCUCACCCUGCCUCUGCAGGCGGGCGAUGUCCUCCUUGGCCGCUGGGCCUUCGGCGACGCCCUGUGCAAGCUGACGCGCGCCAGCUACGCCGUCAACACCUACAGCGGGCUGCUGCUGCUGGCCUGCAUUAGCGUCGACCGCUAUGUGGUGGUGGCAUGGGCCCAGGCCAUGCUGAGGCUACGCAGCCGCAUGCUAACGGGCGCCAAGCUGGCCUCGAUGUGCGUGUGGCUGGCCGCGCUGCUCCUCAGCCUGCCCGAGGUCCUGUUCUCUGGGGUGGAUAAAGGGGGGGCAGCCGAGGAGGGGGAGGCACACUGUGGCAUGAAAGUGUGGCUGGUCGAGAGCUGGCGGGUGAAGAUGGCCGCCAGCGGGGCCCAAAUCGCCGGCUUCUGCCUGCCCUUCCUGGUCAUGGUGUCGUGCUACUCCCUGAUAGGCCGCGUGCUUUGGGAGAAGCGGGGCACGGGGGCCAGCCGGCGCCAGCGUACGCUGAGGCUGAUGGUGACGCUCGUGGCUGUCUUCCUGCUCUUUCAGCUGCCCUACGCCGUGGUGCUCACGCUCAAGUUGGCCGGGCCAGGGGCUGAAGGGCAAACCUGCGCCCAGAGGGAUGAAACACUGCUGAUGGAGUACGUGACAUGCACCCUGGCGUAUACCCGCUGCUGCCUGAACCCGCUCCUCUACGCCCUGGUGGGCGUCCGCUUCCGGAGCGAUGUGCGCAAGCUGCUCCACAAAGCGGGCGUCCAGUUCAGAGUGGGAACCGGGUCUCACACGGAAAGCUGUAGCUCGGGGUCACCCACCUCCCCCGGCCUGACCACCUUAUCCCCACUGCCUCCCACAUCCCCUCUGCCUCGGCCUCCCACAUCCCCUCCGCCUCUGCCGCCCCACACCCUGGCUCACAGCAUCAGCUAUCAGCCCACGACAGCAAGACCCCAUGAGCAUACCUACUUUUUUUCUCAUCCUUAGUACCUGGAUGGUUGGCUUCAGUCUACUAGCUCAAAAAGCAAAGCCUGUAGGUUUCUCAUCAGGCAAAAAAAGUAUUCUUUAAUUGCUCAGCAGUAGGGCAGUCCUACUAUUUUUGUAUUUUUCUAUUUUUUGUCCUGGGCUGUGAGGAAUGUUUAAAGGAGAGGGAGGAGGGUGUUCCAGAAUAGCAGUGAGAUGGAUUCGAAGUGACACUGGUAGAAGUGCUCUGGAGGCCGACCACUAGGCCACACCAGGCCACUCACUUCCAUCAUUAAUAUUUAGAUAAUGUUCUUUCACUGAUAAGUCACUGUCUUGUUCUUUUUGUUCAUUUGAUGAUUUGUCUUAUCUGCAUUCCUAAUUUUUUACUGGAAUCAAACAGCGCUUGAGAAACUGUGACUUUGUGUUCCGACUUGAGGCGGCUCCAUCUGUAUUAAUGCUACAAAGGAAAUAAAAAUCUGAAAUAUUC